GGUAAUUGGACAACCAAAAUUACCAAUCCAGAUUAAUUUUCCAAAUUGGAAAAUUAAAAGAUGGAAACAAGCGGGAACCAUGUGAACUCUGGUCGCUAAACCCAAACAGGCCAAUUUUGGCAGCCACCUAACUCAUCCUCCGCACUCCGCUCCUCUCCCUUCCCAUAAUCUUCACUUCACUUUCUUCUCAAUGCACAUCAACCGCCACUAGCCUCUCAUUUCGUUCUUAAAAAAUGUGGCAACUUCUCCUCGCUGCAGCAGUAGCAGGAUCUACUACUUUCGUAGCUAAGCACUUGUUUGCCCAGGAACGUCCUAGAGAGGACGAAAACCCUUUUCAAGCUUCCAUUGCUUCUGCAUUUGAUUCUCCUUUACUUUCAAACCAUGGUAAUGAAUCUGGAUACGAGAGUAAUAUCGAGCAGCCACCUGACGGGAUCUUUAGGUUUUCGAGUUCUACUUCUUCGUCAAGUGGCAAGAAAACUAGGAUUUUGAGGAAGAAAUCCGGGAUCACGGGUCGCCGAUUGAAAUUUGGUGCUGAAAAUGACAAGGUUGAUAAAAGAUCUGAUGGUUCCGAGAAGAGUGCAAAGCGAUUUGCUGUUUGCUUGAAGAAGAGGAGAACUGCCAAGAGUGUGCCUUCCAAGUGUGGAUCCUGUUCUUCUAAAGAUAGCUCUUUGUUUGGUUGUGGACUUGGAAUUGGAAUCAUGUACAUGAUGUCAGCUGGGAAAGCUGAGAUCAGUAAGCUAAGCCAUGCCAUGGACAAGACUUCAAAAAUUGUUCAGGAAUUAAGAACUGAUCUGUAUAAAAGAAAAACAGCCCAAGUUGCUGCAAGCACAAAAGAUUUAAUAAGUAAGAAUGAUCUUAUUUAUUAUAGAUCAGGUACAGGGCAUAAUAAUGACCCAAAAGAUGUCAAAGUGUCUGGGAUCCCAAUGAUUGAUGAUGUUGAAUGCCCAAGUAGUGUUCUUACAGAAGAGCCAGAGCCACAGCAGCUGGAAAUGGAUCAACUCGAAGCAGAGCUUGCAUCUGAACUACAAAAACUUCCAUGGUCCUAUAAUGAAGCUUCUGAACAUGAAGGAUUUAGGUUGCCAAAUAUGGACAAGAAUGAGGCUUCGUCUGGUGGGCUUCAUGAACUGGAGGGUCAAAGCAGUAUUUCUUACCAAUGCCAUGGAGUCUUGCCAUCUGAACUGGAUCAGAAACUGUCUCGUUUGCUCAUUGAACAACAGGAAAACCAAAUUGAGGAGCUAGAAUCCGAAUUACAUUCUGCACAAUCCAAACUCCAUGAGAAGGAAGCUGAACUCCAAGCACUAAAGGACUGUGUAAAACGCCUUAAUGAAUUCUCUCUAUCAAAUAUAUCAGAUGAUGAAGUUGUGACACAUGCUGAGCAAGAGUGCACCAGUGAAUGGGAUAACGAGAGCAACAUGGGAUCUGAGUCAAGGAAAUCGGUGGUGGGGAUGAAAAGGCCUAUGGAAUGAAGACUGCAUAAUUCGGUUAUUAACCUAUUUGAUUUUAAUUUGUUACACCACAUGUUAAUGUGUAGUUAUAUGAUGCUAUGUCUAUAUGAUGUGGGUAGGAAGGUAACUGAGUAGGCAGUGACAGGAGUGUAACUUGACUUGCCUCCCCUAGGCCCUACUACUUCUUGUAUUUUAACAUGUUAGGAUUUUAAUUUUAAAUUUUCCAUUUGUUUAUUA